AUGUCGCCAAUACUGAAAGAAUACUUGAAUAAAAGGAUAGUUAUAAUUAAAAUUGACGGUGAAUGCCUGAUAGCUAGUUUAAACGGCUUUGACAAGAAUACUAACUUAUUCAUAUCUGACGUUUUCAACCGUAUAGGUAAGGAGUUCAUCUGUAAAGCACAGUUACUUCGAGGCAGCGAGAUUGCACUAGUCGGUCUCAUAGAUGCCGAAAACGACGACAACCUUGCUCCUAUCGACAAGGAGAACGUACCGAUGCUAAAGGACACCAAGAAUAGAGUUGAGAAUGAGCAUGUAAUAUGGGAGAAAGUCUACGAAUCGAAGGCAAAAAAAUAA